GAGGUCUGUGAGGAGGUAGGCUGGCUCAUUCACACUCAGCUGCGGUGCAGGAGGUCUGUGAGGAGGUAGGCCGGCUCAUUCACACUCAGCUGCGGUGCGGGAGGUCUGUGAGGAGGUAGGCCGGCUCAUUCACACUCAGUAGGCAUUUUUGUGGAGUGCACUAAUGCCCAACUUUGCAUUUGAAUGUUUUCAGUUUUUUCUUGUCAGUUUGCUUUUAAAGACAGCACUGAGAGAAACUGGCAGCCUAUGAAAACCAACAAGAAAUAUUUGUAGUGCUACCCUGAAUGCUUUUAAAAUAUUUUCUUUACUCUUUUUAGGUUAAGAGAAUAAAUGAGACGCAUUGCCUUUUCCGGGGGGCUCAGCGUGUGGGCUCUCUCUCCAGAGCGCUGAUGGAUGCAGGAUGCCCUGAUGCAGGAUGAACAGCAUAGCAGUGUUGUUUUAGUCGGAAAGCGAUCCUCCAGGCUGCAGGGGGUGGAGGCGGUGUCAUUUAUUCAGCUGGCAGGUGUGAAGGGGACACUAGGGCGGCUUGUGGGGAUUUUUGAGAACCGAGACAGGAAACACCGGACAUAUGUCUACGUUCUUAUUGUCACAGAGGUCCUGGAAGACUGGGAGGACUCGGUUAAUAUUGGCCGGAAAAGGGAAUGGUUUAAAAUAGACGAUGCCAUAAAAGUCCUGGAGUGUCACAAGCCCGUGCAGGCCACCUACUUCCAUGCGCUGCAGCAGGGCUGUUUGAGCAGCAACGGGACCCCCCUGGUGGCCGCCAUCGCCGACGACCUCUCCCCCACCUACAGCAUUAGCCAGAGCUCCAUGUCGGGGAUCAGAUAACUAGCACACAGCCUGGACACUGGAGCUCUGAGCACCAACCUCUUACUGUCUGUAUGCAUCUCCAGCAGCGACAAGCCGAAGAGGUGCUUCUCCGCGCCAGGACACAGGCACAGAUUUCACAAGCUGUUGGCUGAAGAUUCUAAAACCCUUUGUAAAUGUAAAGUUGAUUUUUUUUUUUUUCUUUUUAUUGAUAAUUAAUAAUUGCAUGGACCUCCCCUGCCCCUUCAUACAUGUAAGGUUUAUUGAAUGCAAGAACUACUUUUUACUGUUGUGACGUAAAGUGUAAACUUUGUGCUUUAGCUCCAGCUUUUGAUGGUCUUUUAACUUCCUGUUUCUUUGUUCCGGUUCUUUUGUUGUGUGUAUGUGCCCCCUUCUCCUCCCCAGCAGGAAGUGAUGUCAGCAUGGCAUGGCAUGAGGUGUGUUGGUCCCGUGGGGCUCCGGUGAUGUCAUGUGAAUGAGUGAAACAGUCUGGGUUGCCGUGGUGUCGCCACACGGCGGCGCUGGGGGUGGGGCUGUAAGGUCUCUUUGUUUCCUUUCCUGUUUCGGGGGGUUAGCACGUGCAGUCACACGCCUGUCCUCAGUCCUUACAAAACCAGCGGUGCUUUCAGGGCCCUCCUGUCCUGGAGUCCCAGAGAGGCACAGUGCAGCCCUGGCAGGAACUCCACGAUAGAGUCUCCUGUAAGAUGUAGGCAGUGGAAUCAGAGUGUGGGUUAGCAUUUUGGGCUUCUUGGCAUUGUAAUUGCUGUGAAUUGGAGAUCAGUGUUAAAGUGAACUGAAAAUGUUGUGGCUCAAAGCAAAGGAACUCAACCCAAAAUUGCAUAGAGUCCAAGUAACUCUGGAAAACCAACGUACAGAACGUGUCACCAUCACAGUGUCAAAAAGAUGAAUGAUGUCCGUCCAGUGAUUGCCACGGUGUGGGAUGAGAGGAACGACUGGAGUUUUGUGCUGAAAUGUGGGAAAGGUUUGGUUUGGUCCUGCAGCUCCGCCACCCAUCGGUUCCUCUGCGCGGCUCGCUACAGGUCCCCUCAUCUCUCGGCUCAGUUCUCCAAUCUUUGGGACAAUGCGCUGUAAUGAUAAUGUCCUGCUUUGGGACAAUGCGCUGUAACGAUAAUGUCCCGCUUUGGGACGGUGUGCUGUAACGAUACUGUCCCGCUUUGGGACGGUGUGCUGUAACGAUACUGUCCCGCUUUGGGACGGUGUGCUGUAACGAUACUGACACUGUCCCACCCCCAGGAAACGCGGCCCCAAUCGGUUUAGAUCCAAACGGAGGGACUGUCAGAACGGGCCGAGGAUCUGAGUGUGUGAAAGCAGAGAGACAGUUGAGCAGGUGUGCCCACCUGAACCUGCCAGCUCAGGACCUGUGAGUUACCUUUCGCUGUUCUGAAGCCCAGUUUCACACACCGGAGGUGUCUGUACAUAUUCCCCAUCGCUGUGCAUUAUGAUGAUGAUUAUGAUGAUUAUGAUGAUUUAUCCAAUUUUAUUUCAGUGCGGUGGCAGCCUAACACCACAGUCUCUGCACUGUCUGCAGAAUGCUUCUGCUCUGGUCAUAACUGGCCAUGGCGUGCGUGUGUGUGUGUGUGCAGGUGCGUGUGUGUGCGU